AUGCCGCGCAGGCGUGCUGUCAAGGCGGCAGUAUCCCCGAAUAUCCCGGUGAUUGCUGAGCAUGAGGUGAAACUGGAGGUUGAAGCUGCUUCAGAAAUUGAAGAACUCGAAGAUCAGGAGAAUCUCGAGACUUCAAAUUAUGCCAUCGAUGGUAUCCUCCACGAUCCGGAGUUCUACAACGCCGUCAUGGAGCAGUUGGCCGAGACGUUCGACAUUGUCAAAGAGGAUAAGGAGCGGAACAACCUGAGCCCAGAGAGAUUUUCGCUGCAUGCAAAGUUGCUGAUCAACCUCUACGACCAGGCCGUGGACAAGCAGCUCGUCAACCAAUUUCGUUGUUAUUUCGAGGACUCGAUGCGCCGAUUGGAAUGUCUGAUCCGGGAGGAAACGCCCGAAUGGGAGAUCGCGCUCCAAAUAUUUCCAGUUGCCGCCGUCAAUUUCUACGGGAAUAACCGUAGUUCAACAUUGCUGGAAUGGGUUUAUGAGGAAAUUGAGCUAUGGAUGAAUCUGGACUCGGACAUCAAAGUCGGAGCCGCUGCAGCUGCGGGUCGGCUUUUGAGUGGGCUGCUUACAGCUUCAAGGAGCGAAUACGGCGUCGAGGUUUUGCCGCGACAAGAACGGCAACGAAUUUUUGAGUAUAUGGUGGAUUUGGUGGAAUCGAAUCAAAAUAAGGAAUAUACCAUCGACAAAUCGAUCCUCCCCGGACUUGCACUCGCCGCAGCCGACGAAGACUGGGAGCCAGUCCGUGAAAAGACCCCGAAAAUUUUGCUUGGUAUGCUUCUGGGGGCAGAAGACCCAAGGACGAGAUGCGCUGCCGUUCAAGUUGUCCCGCUCGACGACCCCGAAUUUCUGGAGGCGAUGAUUGAGAGGAUUCGGUGUGAUGAUGCAGAUACGGGCAGUUGGAGAAUUGUUAAUCCCGAGCGGAAGUCGAAGAAGCCGGAUUAUACAGUCUCCCUAGCAAUCGUCGACCGGUUCGCGGGGCUAGACUACCGCAAACUGAGCAACGACGAUUUCUACGAAAUCCUCAGCGCCACCGUCAAGUCGACAAUUCCCAUUCGCCAGCGUCGAGGGCUGAAUCAUCUAGUGCCCAGCUGGAUGAAGCAAGAGAUUGAGAGCGCUGAGAGUCAACAUUUGCGGUUGGCGACAAAGCAGCGGAUGAAUGGCGUUGGCUUUGCGCUGUACCAGAUGCUAGCAAAACUGGAGGUGCAUAAGCAUCCGAAUGUCGAGGGCGUCCGCCAAAUCUUCGAGCUCAUCAUCGCCAACUGCAAGCUAAAAAGCGGUGUCAAAACGAUGCGGGAUUUUAUGAAGAUGUUUUAUGAGGGAUGUGCCGACACGGAUCCGAUAAUCCAUAAGGGAGAGGUUAAGGAGAUAUUGAGACGUCCAAUCGCCGAAUCCGCCCCCGCCGUCUUGCUCCACGUGAUUUUGGCCCGAUUUGUGGGGCAUAUUGGAAAGGGUGACGACCGUUGGGAGGCCAUGAAUAUGUUAACCCAUUCGCUUCCGCUUUUGACUGCCGAGGUUAAGAGAUAUUACGACCGUACCGUUGCAAAACCUAGUGAAGAGCGCUGGGGGUUAUUCCUCCAGCUGCUCGACCUACUCCGCGAAGUCUUCAGGCUGGAAGAUCAUCAACGACAAGAAUACCGUACCUUCCUGACAUGCGUCUUCAAAAAUCACACCCUCGGCUACGCAUUGAUCAAAAAAUGCGUCUAUCACUACGUUGUUUCCUUGAUUCCGGAUGAGAAAGAUGUCAAGCUCGCCUCGAAUAUUUGGAAUGAUUUGCUGUACCAUUUGGAUGAAUCGCUGAAGAAGAGCCAUGAUAUGGAUGUUUUUGAAAGCGCGUUGCCUGCUAACCUGACUUCCCCUUAUGUACUUCACAUCUCCUAUGUCUUGCUGUCAAUGGUUCAGACAGGAAGGUUUAACAACAUUCCGACGAUCGUCAAGACCACAAUUCCAAAAUAUGAGCGUUAUUUCGAGGAUUUCAUCCAUAUGAACGAAGAUUCCCUGACGGAUGAGCAGAAGGAGAUCGUGUUUAGCUAUAUGGUCUUGAACUCAUUCCUGGCUUGUGCAUACCCAGAACAAUAUACCAGUUGGAUUUGCUGGCUGCUGGCCCGUUGGGAUACCAUUCCGAAAAAGGACUUGAUGACCAGGGAAUACGUCCUCAUUUCUCUUGUCGAAAUCGUCUGCUCCGUCACCUACCCAAAAUUCCUGAAAAUCGUCGCGGAAGAUUUCCCGGAAUUUGACUUCUUCCAGUUUUUCGCCAAAAUUAUGAUUGAGGAUAUUCCGCUUGACACUGAUGACGUAGCGAUGUUGCGCUAUGAACAAAUGGUAUACAUGUGUGUGCUGAAACUGAUGAUGAACGCAAAUGAUAAUGCGGGAGUUCGGGAUACCUUGGCGCUGUAUUUGGCUCGAUUUGCCGCCGAUGGUCUACGCCAUCGUCCAACACUUCGAAUGCGUUUCAUCCAAUUUUGCCAAUUUUUCAUGCCACAAUUGGACAAUCAAAAAACGAUGAUCGCCGCGAUGUAUCUAGUAUACAAAUAUCAAAAAAAGGAUGAAGAGUUUCCGGAAGCAUGGCGCAACGUCUUCAAGGAGGUCGUCCCCGAGGAGUUGGCUGAGUAUGUGGCUGAAGCGACUUCCGGUGAAUGGGCACAAAAAGCUAUUGAGCGAAAGCUUCAUAAAAAGGAGGCUGGCCGCCGUCGCUCCCUUCCCGUAGAUGGUCGACUGAUGAGCAGCCAAAUCGAACUCCUCGAAAUGUCGGCCGACCGGCUAAGGAAGAUGAGCGACUACAUGGACCGCAUGAACUUCGAGCAGUUCAAAGACCUGACUACGGUGGAAUAUGAGCAGGCGAUUGGAUAUACUCAAAUUUUCAAAGCUGUUGACCUUAACUUUGGCUUCCCGCACGAUAUCAUUCAGAAGUUCGUGAAGGUUGCAGAAUACCUACGAACGAAAUUUACCCGCCAUGAUGCCCCGAGCGUGGUCAUCUCAAACCUGGGAAAUUUCCUUCGCCGUGCGAGCACGAUUCUCGAAUCUGAAGAUGAGCAGGAGCUGGAUACGGUAGAUGAGACGAUUGGCUCUCGCCCUGGCAGUGUGAAGAAGAACUUGAAUUCUACGCUUGCGAGCGCCAAGAAACGUGCUCGUACGGUGUCCCAAUCUACGGCUUCUUCGCAUACCUCGGCGCGACGAGCCCGACUUCAAGCGGCUAUCGAUGCUGAACUAUCUACCCCUGUUCGUCGACAGCCCACCCGUAGGGCCAAAGAAGCCCGCCAAAUUGCUGUCAUUCCGGAAGAAGACGGCGACGAAUCCUAUGGAAAGAUU